AUGGAAAGAACAACUACUAUAGAUGAUUCAACUACAUCGCAAAUACUGUCUACCAAUGUCGAGCGACAGAAAAAUACAAUUUCAACUGAAUGUAAAAUUUGUGGAUCUCCUGCUCGAUAUUCUUAUUAUGGUGUUAUUGUAUGUCAUUCAUGUAAAAUGUUUUUUAAACGAAAUGCAGAAAAUAGACAAGCAAUAUUGAAAUGUUACUAUGAUAAUCAAUGUAACAUUACUAUGGAUAAUCGUCAUGCAUGUACUUCAUGUCGACUUGAAAAAUGUUUCAAAAUGGGAAUGCGUAUUGAAAUGAUUCGAUCUUCAACAUUCAGAAAAAAUCAGAAAAGAAGAAAAAUAAAAUUUAUUAUUGAUUCAAACCAAUCACCGUCAACAAUGUCAAUGACAGUUAACAAGAAACAUAAGCCUGAAUAUAUUCCAACAUUAAGCCUCUUAGAAUCUGAUCAAUCACCAUUGAAUAUUAAUCAAUGGAAUCUUUUAUCAAAUUUAGUUCAUUGUUUCGAUCAACAUAGUGGAUAUGCAUUUGUUGAACAUUUUCUCGAAGAACAAAAUCGAUUACCUAUCAAAUUACGAUACAAAUAUCCAUCAGUUUGCAAUUUUUUUACAUCAGUGAAGAGUAAUAUUCAACUUGUCUUCGAGAAAAAUCGUGAUUUUCUUUCAUUAUCUCGUCAUGAUCGUACAACAUUACUUCGAACUACAGUAGAAUAUACAACAAGUAUUGGUGGUAUGUUCACAUUACGUCAGUAUAAAUUAUUUGAUUAUCCACCUUUCUAUGAAUCUACUGAAAUGAUAUUUAAACCAUCUGGAACAAAAUUCGCUAGACGUGUUAUUGAUCAACUUGAUCCAGAUAAUACAUUUAUUAAAUUAAUACUUUCAAUUCUUUCAUUCUCAACAACCAACUAUACUGUAUAUAAAAAAAAUAUGCCAAUUAAUUUAACAAAUAUCAAAGGAAUUUUAUCUAUUCAAGAUAUGUAUACAGAUUUAACAUGGCGAUAUCUUUUAUAUAAAUAUGGUCAUCACGAAGCUGUAAUACGUUUUUCAAACCUUUUAAGAUGUCUUUUUGUUAUAAUUUGGGCCAUUGUUGAAGCACAUGAAUCACAAAAGUUUAUAGAAAUGAUUGAUUCUGUUAUUGAACAAACUAAACAAACAUUGUGUUUGUAA